CCCUCUGUCUCUGUCUGUCUGUCUGUCUCUCUCUCCUUGAAGUUCAAAUUUAACCUUGAAGUCUGUCCCUCACUAUGCCUCUGUCCCCAAAAUGGGGUGGAGAUUGCUGCCUUCCUCUUCGUGUCUGGAGUCCCGUUCCCGAAGCAAGCUGCAACCUGAGAUUUUAAUCGCUAGCGAGAAGGAUUUGCAUAUAUGUCAAUCCGCAAAUGUAAGUGACAUAUUGCUGUCAUCUUGCAGCAGGUGCGGGGGAGAAUCUGGAGAACACCAUGGCGGCAUUUCGUCACGCAGUCAACAUGGGUACCGAUAUGCUGGAACUUGACUGCCAUUUAACCAAGGAUGAACAAGUGGUGGUUUUGCACGACAGGAAUCUGAAGCGGUCGACCGGGGUGGACGUCAAUAUAGCCGACCUCAAAUACUCAGAACUCCCUCCGUAUCUCUGCAAGUUGGAUGUCACUUUCCAGAGAGAAUGCCCGUGUGAAGGUGAAGACAAACGCAUCCCUCUCCUUCAAGAGGUGUUUGAGGCCUUUCCCCACACGCCAGUCAACAUUGACAUCAAAGUGAACAAUGACCAACUGAUUAAGAAGGUUUCCGAAUUGGUUCGCUCUUAUCAACGAGAACAUUUGACGGUUUGGGGCAGCGUCAGCCAUGAGGUUGUGGAAAAGUGUCACAAAGAGAACAGCCACAUCCCCAUCCUCUUCUGCUUGCGACGUGUCCUCCUUCUCCUUGGUCUCUUCUACACGGGCCUCCUUCCUUUCUUUCCCAUCACGGAGGACUUUUUGGAGAUCCCCAUGCCGUCCAUCUUCCUCAAACAGAAAGACUCGGAGAAGAUUUCAAGGAGCCAGCGAUUCACCAUAUGGCUUAUUGACGUAUUGUUAAUGAGAAAAUCCUUAUUUGACCACCUCACUGCUCGGGGAAUUCAGGUCUACAUCUGGGUGCUCAACGAAGACCACGAAUACAAGCGGGCCUUCGACCUGGGGGCCACCGGGGUGAUGACCGACUACCCUACCAAGCUGAAGGCAUUCCUCCACACCUACCCGGCUUGAGGAGGAGAAGAUCGGAAGAGACCAAACCUUGGAGUCCCACGGAGGUCCACCCUUCGAUCUGAGUUUUUUCGGCCAAUGUCCGCCCACCGCCUCAAUGUACAACCCAACCCAGCCUGGUUUCAGUUACCUCAUUCUUAAGUCAUGGCACUGUAGAGAUUAUCCACAGGCGUGGUUGACUGUCUCUCCUCCUUUGUAAAUAGCUUGGUUAGUGGUCAUCUCCUCCCACUAGAGGCCUGGAUCCCUUUGCACGGCCACGUGGAAAGUUGGGGACCAGGAUCUCUUGGGGAUUGUUCACCAAGCUGGAUCCACCAAAGUUUUUCCAACGAGGCCCUUGGUGCAGAAAGGCGUAUCGUUCAUCACCUCAACUUCUCUGUGAGUUGAAAAGAGAUGGCCAGUCAGUGGCAGCACCUGAGACAAAUGGGGGGGGGUCCCUUGGCCAGUAAAGUCCUCGCUGGAUAUCAGAGGUGGCUUCCUGUGGAGAACAACUACUGCUUUGUUGUUUUGUUGUUGUUGAAUUAGUAGCUGUGGCUAGCGAGUUAGGGCAGGAUCUUCCAAGCACUAAUACAUUAGAUCAGGGGUGUCCAAGGUUGGCAACUUUAAGACUUCUGGACUUCAGUUCCCAGAAUUCCCUAGCCAGCAUCCAGAUGUCUGGGGAUUCUGGGAACUGAAGUCCAGAAGUCUGGGGAUUCUGGGAGUUGAAGUCUUAAGGUUGCCAAGACUGGACAGCUUUGCAUUUAGAGACGUUCUCCAUCUGUGUGUAAUCGGUGUGUAAUCUCAAAUCUAGAAUGGCGUCUCUCCACCGCGGUCACUUGAGAGAUGGGCGGACUUCAACUCCCAGAAUUCUGGGCUGCUGACUGAGGGAUUCUGGGAAUUGAAGUCCGCCCAUCUUCAAGCAGCCAAUACGUAGCAAUAGUUUUGCGAUGCGUUGCAUCUGUUUGACGAGAGAGUAAGGGAUUGGCUGAUUUAUUAUACAAGGCCAUAGCUGCACCAUAACCCCUAUACGUCAGUCAACUAUUUUAAAACAAAUUCCAUCAUCGUGAGGCAGGGUGGAAAAGAGGGUUAAUAGUGGGGAAAUUUGGAUAUUGGUGCAAGAGAUAAAAAGGUAUUAAGAGCUGCACCCAUUUUGGUUUUCUUCCUUGUUGACAAGUUAGAAUAUAUAUAAUUUUGGCCAAUUAGAUUUCAGGUUGGCCUGCCUUUUAAUGGGGACAGGUCCUGGCAAGGUUGAAAUUCCAAGAUCAAACCUUUUCAGCAAGUUUGUUUGUUUUUUUUAAAAUUAGAAUUGUUUGUCAUGAGUCUAGUGUUACCGCAGGAUACAGUUGCUUAAAUAAGAACGCCGUCCUAGAAAACUUUGGCACCAGUGUUGAAAAUACCUGCUUUGCCAAACGUCCUCCGGUUAUUUGAUCUCUCUCAUUUGGUCCCCGGCUAUCAGCUGGAGAAAAUGGAAUUUUGUUUUGUUUUUUUAAACAGUGGCAUUUUUAAAAAAAAGACAGGCAGAUGGGGAGGGAGCAGAGCCCCCCAAUACAGGAUGAACGUGCCCUUAAAACCUGGGAGGGUUAAAAAAAAAUGUCUUUUUUUAGAAACAGGAAUGUAGAUUUUUGUACUCUGCUUCUCUGUAGCAAUUCCUAAGCUUGGCUUAAUCUGUACUGCAACCUAUGUAGCAGUUUUGGGAUUAGAGCAUUAAAAAAAGAACAAACGAACCUCUUUCACCACA